AUGUUUGAUCUCGAUGAUCCCGACGGCGGAAUCGAUCCGCAGCCCCGAAUAGAUACACAAGAUGUAUUGAGUUGCAUCACAGAGAGUCAGAGACCUAUCGUCACUUAUGUGCGUAGUGUGGAAGGUAUUAUCCUUCCUCCCGAUGCCCUCCUCGCCGUAGCCAACCCAAUUGAUUGUCUCGAGCACUUUCCCUCCACAGUCCCUUUUGAGAACCACUAUCGAGCGCUUUCGAAACGCGAUUUGGUGGUCUCUGGCUUGCCGACUCCGGGAUCGAUAGUCAUUGAAACGCGGUUAAAUCCAAUGCAAGUGCGGGAUCCGCAAAUGCGAGUCGAGGAAGUAAAUCGUAUGCUUGAGGUUAUCAAAUGCCGAUCUACGCCCUUUGUGGUGAAAUUGCCGCAAGCGUGUUCGGGACAGGGUGUGUUUCUCGUCAGAAAUGAGGAGGAGAGGAGCACUGCACCAUCGGUGUUGGAGACGGGUAUAGAUACUAUGCUCCAACAGCUGAGUCCGAGUAAUGAACAUUUACACCCUAGCAGUUUUAUUGUGCAAGAAAUGGUGUCUGGAUCUGCGGUGGCUAUUGCGUUAUUCUUGUCUAGAGAGGGGGAGGUGUUGAUUACAUCUGUGUGCGAUCAGUUUGGUGAUGCGCAGGGGAAUUGGGGUGGGGGUCAUAUUGAUUAUGCGGGACAGGAAAGUCGCAUUGAAGAGUAUAGAGCCAUUGCGAAAAAAAUAGGAGAUUAUAUACAUACGCUUGCGUAUAUGGUCCGUUGGGUGCGGAUAUUAUGA